AUGUUGGGCCAUCAAUUCGCCUUCUCUGCAGCACCCGUUCGGAGAGUGAAGGAGGUGCAAUUUGGUAUUCUUUCCCCAGAGGAAAUCAAAGCUUAUUCAGUCGCGAAAAUUGAACACCCCGAAGUUAUGGAUGAGGGUACGCACAAACCGAAGAUGGGAGGUCUGAUGGAUCCGCGUUUGGGGACGAUUGACAGAAACUUCAAGUGCCAAACAUGUGGUGAAGGUAUGGCUGAAUGUCCUGGUCACUUUGGGCACAUCGAGUUGGCAAGGCCUGUUUUUCAUCCUGGAUUCAUCAUCAAAGUCAAAAAGAUAUUGGAGUGUAUAUGUGUUAAUUGCGGGAAACUUAAAGCCGAUAUCGCGGACCCCAAUUUCGCGGACAAAAUUCGUCAUGUUCGUGAUCCCAAAAAGCGGAUGGCCGUGGUCUGGAGUCAUUGCAAGUCAAAGAUGGUUUGCGAACCUGACGAUCCCAAGGAAGAAGGUGCCGAGCCUGAACCUGAAGAUACCAAGAAGGGCCAUGGCGGUUGUGGCCAUAUUCAGCCUCUUGUCCGGAAAGAAGGAUUGAAGCUUUUCUUACAGUACAAGAAGCCGAAAGAUGACGACGAGCCCGACAAGCGUUUGAUGACCCCGCAAGAGGUCUACACCACCUUCAAGAAGAUGUCCGAUUCCGAUUUACACCUGAUUGGUCUUUCUGAGGAGUUCGCUCGCCCGGAAUGGAUGAUUCUUACAGUCAUGCCAGUCCCUCCCCCUCCUGUUCGGCCCAGUAUUGCGGUUGAUGGCGGUGCGAUGCGAAGUGAGGACGAUCUGACAUACAAACUUGGUGAUAUCAUCAAAGCAUCUGCCAAUGUACGUCGAUGUGAACAAGAAGGCGCCCCCGCGCAUGUGAUUACGGAGUUUGAGCAACUACUCCAGUUCCAUGUAGCGACCUAUAUGGAUAACGACAUCGCCGGUAUCCCUCAAGCUCUACAGAAAUCUGGACGGCCUGUUAAGGCUAUCCGUGCCCGGCUGAAGGGUAAAGAGGGCCGUUUGCGAGGUAACUUGAUGGGAAAGCGGGUUGAUUUUUCUGCUCGAACUGUGAUUACUGGUGAUCCCAAUCUGGAAUUGGAUGAAGUCGGCGUUCCUCGCAGUAUCGCCAUGAACUUGACAUUUCCGGAACGAGUGACACCGUAUAAUAUCACCUAUCUACAGGAGCUGGUACGAAAUGGUCCUACAACGUACCCCGGUGCUCGGUACGUUGUGCGAGACACUGGCGAGCGUAUAGAUCUUCGCUACAACAAACGCGCGGAUGCGUUUCUUCAGUACGGUUGGGUAGUCGAAAGACAUUUGAAGGAUGGAGAUUUCGUUCUCUUCAAUCGACAACCGAGUCUGCAUAAAAUGAGUAUGAUGAGUCAUCGAGUACGUCUUAUGCCAUAUUCAACCUUUCGAUUGAACCUUUCCGUCACUCCGCCGUACAACGCUGAUUUCGAUGGAGAUGAAAUGAACAUGCACGUGCCUCAAAGUGAAGAGACUCGUGCGGAAUUGAGUCAAAUAGCUUGGGUGGCUCGGCAGAUCAUCUCUCCUCAGGCCAAUAAGCCUGUCAUGGGAAUUGUGCAGGACACGCUGUGCGGAAUACGCAAAUUUACUUUACGGGAUUCCUUCCUUGAUUGGAAUCAGGUUCAAAAUAUCCUUCUAUGGGUCCCUGAAUGGGACGGCAGCGUUCCUAUACCUGCUAUCCUUAAACCAAAACCGUUAUGGACCGGCAAACAGAUCCUCAGUCUCGUUAUUCCUCGUGGUAUCAACAUUCAUCGUAGUCCAGACCCAAAGUCUUCCAACCCCGUUUUUGACGAUGGAAUGCUCAUCGAGAACGGGGAGAUCAUUUUUGGUAUCGUGGAGAAGAAGACGGUUGGUGCUUCUCAAGGUGGCUUGGUCCACGUCGUGUUCCGAGAGAAAGGCCCGGAAGUAACCAGACAGUUGUUCACUGGCUUGCAAACAGUGGUGAACUACUGGCUCUUCCAUAAUGGGUUCAGUAUUGGUAUCGGCGACACGAUUGCUGACAAGAACACUAUGUCAUACAUCACGGAAACUAUCGCGAGUCGCAAGGCUAACGUCUCAAAAAUUAUCGAGGAUGCUACUCAUGAUCGACUCAAACCCGCUCCGGGUAUGACCAUUCGUGAAUCGUUCGAGAGUUUAGUAGAACGAGAGCUCAACUUGGCUCGUGACACAUCUGGUCAACAUGCGCAGAAGAGUUUAAAGGAGGAUAACAACGUCAAGCAGAUGGUGGUGGCUGGAUCCAAAGGUUCAUUCAUCAAUAUCUCCCAGAUGUCUGUUUGUGUAGGACAGCAAUCCGUGGAAGGGCGUCGUAUCCCUUUUGGCUUCCGUCACCGCACGCUGCCUCACUUUACCAAGGAUGAUUUCAGUCCUGAGUCCCGGGGUUUCGUAGAGAACUCUUAUCUACGAGGUCUCACCCCUCAGGAGUUCUUCUUCCAUGCCAUGGCGGGGCGAGAAGGUCUCAUCGAUACUGCAGUCAAGACUGCCGAAACCGGAUAUAUACAACGUCGAUUGGUGAAAGCCCUCGAAGACGUUAUGGUUUGUUAUGAUGGAACCGUACGGAACUCUCUUGGAGAUCUCAUCCAAUUCGUAUACGGUGAAGACGGUAUGGACGGUGCUUUCAUCGAAAAGCAGAACAUUGACACCUUCUCUCUGAACGAUCGGGAGUUUGAGCACAACUACAGGGUGGAUGUCACUGAUCCUGCUGGUGGUUUCCUUCCCGGUGUACUACAAGUUGGUAUCGAUGACAGUUCCCUCGAAUUGCAGAACAAACUCGACGAAGAGUACGAUCAGCUCUUAUCUGACCGUCGACUCCUUCGAGAGUUCAUCUUCCCUCAGCAUGCCACAUCUUUUAACCAAUAUCUACCUGUUAAUCUAUCUCGCAUUGUCCAAAAUGCCGCCCAGAUUUUCCACAUCGACCGCCGAAAACCGAGCGAUCUCGACCCCGCCUUCAUUAUCGACUCCGUCAAAACUCUCUGUGAUCGCCUUGUCGUUGUUCGCGGCGAUGGUCCGCUCAGCCAUGAAGCUCAAGCGAACGCGACACUGCUUUUCCGUAUGCAUUUACGAGCGACAUUCGGUUGCCGCCGUGUUCUCGAGAGAUUCCACUUGAACAAGGAGGCUUUCGAAUGGGUGCUUGGAGAGGUGGAGGCCAAAUUCAAUCAGUCGGUGGCGAAUCCUGGCGAAAUGUGUGGUACUUUGGCCGCACAAUCCAUUGGAGAACCUGCCACGCAGAUGACACUUAAUACCUUCCAUUAUGCCGGUGUAUCCAGUAAGAACGUCACGCUCGGUGUUCCUCGUUUAAAGGAAAUAAUCAACGUUGCCACGAACAUCAAGACACCUUCAUUGUCGGUCUAUCUUGAACCCGCCCUUCGGUUUGAUCCUAAUCUGGCAAAAAACGUACAACAAGAGCUUGCCUAUACAUCCCUUCGCACGGUCACUGCCGCUGUCGAGAUUUGGUAUGAUCCAGAUCCAAGUUCCACUAUUAUCGAGGAAGAUGAAGUGUUUGUGGAAUCCUUCUUUGCCAUCCCUGAUGAAGAAGUCGAGUCGAAGUUACACUUGCAAUCCCCCUGGUUGCUUCGCCUUGAACUUGACCGUGCGAAGAUGCUUGAUCGCAAGCUCACUAUGGCAUAUGUUGCCAGUCGGAUAGCAGAAAGCUUCAAGACGGAUCUUUUUGUCAUCUGGAGCGAAGACAAUGCUGAGAAACUUGUUAUCCGUUGUCGAGUGCUCGGUGGUGCGGACAAGGACGAAGACGGAACGGAAACGCUAGAAGAAGAUAUAUUCCUUCGACAACUAGAAAACACCAUGUUGAACUCAGUUAGCUUGCGCGGUGUUCAGGGUAUCAACCGAGUCUUCCUGACGAGGCAUGAUUUAGUUGAAACAAAGGAUGAUGGUAGCAUUGUGGCGGAGAAAGAUAAGCAAUGGGUGCUUGAAACUGACGGUGUCAAUCUGAAGACAGUGAUGUGCAUCGAUGGUGUCGAUUUCACUCGCACGUAUUCCAACAGUUGCGUUGAAGUUUUCAAUGUCCUUGGCAUUGAAGCCGCGCGUGCUGCCAUUCUCAAGGAGCUCCGCGGUGUCAUUGAGUUCGAUGGUUCAUAUGUCAACUACCGUCAUCUAGCUCUUCUGUGUGAUCUAAUGACCCACAGAGGCUCCCUAAUGGCGAUCACUCGACACGGUAUAAAUCGUGCCGACACCGGUGCGCUCAUGAGAUGUUCAUUCGAAGAAACGGUUGAAAUAUUAAUGGAGGCUGCUGCCGUUGGAGAAAAGGAUGAUUGCCAUGGUGUUGCUGAGAAUGUCAUGUUUGGACAAAUGGCACCUAUGGGCACUGGUGCAUUCGAUGUGGCACUCGAUAUUGACAUGUUGAAGGACGCUAUCGUGGAUCACCGACUUCCUGUUCAGUCAAUGUUGGCUGCCCAAGUGGAUGGCGGUAUGACUCCUGGACAAGUUGCUAUGACUCCUUACGAUACCAAUUCGCCGAUGUGGGACAAUCAUCUAUUCAAGGGAAGUGACCAGGCUGCCUUCUCGCCGUUGGCCGUCAACAGCAACGAGGAGUCCGGUAACUUCAAUUACCUUCCUUGGGGGCAGAGCCCAAGAGGUGCAGGAGGUAUGUCUCCAGGUGGACCUGGAUACAGUCCCAGCUCGCCGAACGCCUAUUCUCCAAAUUCUCCCGCGUUUGCUCCUACGUCUCCUUUCGGCGGUGGCGCCACCUCGCCUAUGGUGUAUGGUGGAACUUCACCUUAUUACGACCCGGGUCGUGGAGUUACUUCGCCGACCUACUCGCCGACGUCACCCGCUUUCAAUCCCACGUCGCCAGCGUUUUCGCCGACUAGUCCAAGAUACUCACCUACCUCACCGUCGUUCUCGCCGACAUCCCCACGCUACAGUCCUCAGUCUCCCUCAUUCAGUCCUACAUCGCCGCGCUACUCCCCGACGAGUCCCUCGUUCAGUCCUGCUUCGCCACGAUGUAAGUCUUGA